UAAUAACCGGGGGACUGUGACUGUAACGUACGGCAGGUCUGGCGGAUGGGGCGGGCUUAGCGAGCAGGGUCUCCUGGGUACCACAGGGGACGCAGUUGGGAAGGCUUGGGCCGAGGCCCCGAGCCCGCGUUCCUGGCGGGCGCCCGAGCGCCUGCGCGGUGAACACUAGCGUUAAGGAGCAACCGCCGCAGUCGUCGCAGGAUGGCUUCCGGCUUCAAGAAGCCCACCGUGACCUCCAUCAGCCAGAAAAGAAAGGUGGGGCCUAAGCCCGAACUCACUGAAGAGCAAAAGCAAGAAGUUCGCGAAGCGUUCGACCUCUUCGAUGCCGACGGCAGCGGCACCAUCGACGUGAAGGAACUCAAGGUGGCCAUGAGGGCGCUGGGCUUUGAACCCAGGAAGGAGGAGAUGAAGAGGAUGAUCGCCGACGUGGACAAAGAAGGCACGGGGAAGAUCAGCUUCAACGACUUCUUGGCCGUGAUGACUCAGAAGAUGGCUGAGAAAGACACCAAGGAAGAAAUCCUGAAGGCGUUCAGGCUCUUUGAUGAUGACGAGACCGGGAAGAUCUCUUUCAAAAACCUAAAGCGUGUGGCCAAAGAAUUGGGAGAAAACCUCACGGAUGAAGAGCUCCAGGAAAUGAUUGACGAAGCCGACCGAGAUGGAGACGGCGAAGUGAACGAGGAUGAGUUUCUUCGCAUCAUGAAAAAGACCAGCCUCUAUUGAGUCCGUUUAUCCCGCAAGCAUGUGUAGGGAAAUUGAGUAAUUGGCUGGCUUCCCUGCUUCUCGAUUUGUGAAACCUGGACUUAGAGGCCAGAGCCAUCUCUCCUCUUACCCCCAGUUUGUCUAGAUAGUUCUAUUUCCAAAUCUCUAGCUCUAUUAUAGAAUUUUCAAAUGCU